CUCUCCUCUUUAUAAAACCCCUCUUUCCGUUGCCCCAGUUACACAUUGGUCUCCCUUCAAUUGUCCCUGUGCUUCUUCGUUUCUCCUGUUCGGCAUCUCUACGACGACACAGCUGAUCUCAGAUCCGGCGACCAGAUCUAAGAAAAUCAGGAUCUGACCGCCACGGAAGAUUUUCUUGUUUUUUGGAUCCAAGAACCACCGAUAAAAUCUCAGAUCUCUACCAAAACGAAACCCUAAUUUAAAUUUUGUUUGCUUUGUGUAAGAUCGGUUCUGAGGAACGAUUUUUGUGAAUUCUUGUUGUUGAAUAACAUAUGCUUGUUGUUGGAUCUAAUCGAUUUGUGUUGAACAACAAUCUUAAAGAACAAGAAACCCUAAAUAGGAUGGGAAUUGAAGAUGUGGAGGAAGGUGAGAUUUCUGAUUCUGCUUCCGUAGAGGAGAUCAGUGAGGAGGAUUUUAAUAAGCAGGAGGUUAGGGUUUUGAGAGAAGCGAAACCUAAGGUUUGGACGAUGCGAGAUCUGCAGGAUCUGUAUAAGUACCACCAGGCUUGCAGUGGUUACACUCCAAGAUUGUACAAUUUAGCCUGGGCACAGGCUGUUCAGAAUAAACCUCUUAACGAUAUUUUUGUUAUGGAUGAUGAGGAGUCGAAGCGAUCUUCGUCGUCUUCGAACACUAGCAGAGAUGACAGCAGUUCGGCGAAGGAGGUGGCUAAGGUGAUAAUUGAUGAUAGUGGCGACGAAAUGGAUGUGAAGAUGGAUGAUGUGAGUGAGAAAGAGGAAGGUGAAUUGGAGGAGGGUGAGAUUGAUUUGGAUUCGGAGCCAGAUGUGAAAGAUGAAGGAGGGGUUUUGGAUGUUAAUGAGCCUGAGAUUGACCUGAAAGAGAGGGAAUUGGUGGAGCGAGUGAAAUCAAUUCAGGAAGAUCUUGAAAGUGUAACUGUGAUUGAAGCGGAGAAAUCAUUUUCUGGGGUAUGUUCCCGACUGCAGAACACUUUGGGAAGUUUGCAGAAAGUGGUUGGGGAGAGCAGUGUUCCAACUAAAGAUGCUCUCGCUCAACAAUUGAUUAAUGCAUUUCGAGCUCUUAAUUAUGUAUUUUGUUCCAUGAAUUCUAACCAAAAGGAACUGAACAAGGAUGUUUUCUCAAGGUUGCUUUCUUGUGUAGAGUGUGGAGAUUCUCCUAUUUUCUUCAUUGAGCACAUUAAAGAGGUAGAGGUCAUGAUGUCCUUUUUGGAUACUCCUGCGGCUCAGUCAAGUGCUGAAGCUAGUGAUAAGGUUAAUGACGUCCAGGUGACUGAUGGAAUGAAUCGGAACAUUCUUGAUAGUUCAGUUGAAAGUGCUGGGCGUGCUUUUGCUUCUGCAAAGAAAUUGUCAUUAGAUUCCAUAUCUGUUGAAUCUUAUAAUCAAAAUAACCCAGAUGCUUUGAAACCAGGACUAUCUAGCAGUAGGGGGAGAUUUAUUUUUGGUCCCCUUCUAGAUCUUCACAAAGAUCAUGAUGAAGACAGCCUUCCAUCACCCACUGGGAAAGCCCCACAAUGUUUUCCUGUAAACAAGUCAGAAUUGGUCACAGCUAAAGUGGCACAUGAGACGCAAGAUUCUAUAAUGCAUCCUUAUGAAACUGAUGCUCUCAAAGCUGUUUCUACCUAUCAACAGAAAUUUGGGUUGACUUCAUUCCUCCCAAUUGACAAACUUCCUAGCCCAACCCCUUCAGAAGAAUCUGGUGAUACAUAUGGUGAUAUCAGUGGAGAGGUUUCUAGUUCUUCAACUAUUAGUGCUCCCAUAACUGCAAAUGCACCUGCAUUGGGUCAUCCUAUUGUUUCUUCUGCUCCUCAGAUGGAUAGUUCCAUUGUUCAAGGACCGACUGUUGGUAGGAACACUUCACUUGUGAGUUCUGGCCCCCACCUGGAUAGUUCAGUUGUGCAAGGACUAGUUGGCCCACGGAAUACUGGAGCUGUGAAUUCUAGGUCUAAUUCCAUUUUAAGAGCAUCAGCAAAGAGUAGAGACCCUAGGCUUCGAUUGGCAAGUUCUGAUGCUGGAUCUUUGGAUCUCAAUGAACGUCCCUUGCCUGCUGUGAGCAAUUCUCCUAAAGUGGAUCCCUUGGGAGAAAUUGUAAGCUCAAGAAAGCAGAAAUCUGCUGAGGAACCUCUUUUGGAUGGUCCUGUAACAAAAAGGCAAAGAAAUGGGUUGACAAGCCCUGCAACUGUUAGAGAUGCACAAACUGUGGUUGCAAGUGGAGGCUGGUUAGAGGAUAGCAAUACUGUUAUACCUCCGAUGAUGAACAGGAACCAGUUGAUAGAGAACACUGGAACAGAUCCUAAGAAAUUGGAAAGUAAAGUGACUGUCACUGGUAUUGGUUGUGAUAAACCUUAUGUAACAGUUAAUGGAAAUGAGCAUUUGCCAGUGGUUGCUACUAGCACCACUGCUUCCUUGCAGUCUUUAUUGAAAGAUAUUGCUGUGAAUCCAGCCGUGUGGAUGAAUAUAUUUAAUAAGGUGGAGCAACAGAAGUCUGGUGACCCUGCAAAAAAUACAGUGCUUCCUCCGACCUCAAAUUCAAUACUGGGAGUAGUUCCACCCGCAAGUGUUGCUCCACUAAAGCCAUCAGCCCUUGGGCAGAAACCAGCAGGCGCACUUCAGGUUCCUCAAACUGGUCCAAUGUUGGUGACCUCUUGUAAUAAUGCACAGAAUCCACAGGAUGAGUCAGGAAAAGUCCGCAUGAAACCUCGCGAUCCUCGCCGUAUUCUUCAUGCCAAUUCAUUUCAGAGGAGUGGGAGUUCUGGAUCUGAGCAGUUCAAAACAAAUGCUCAGAAGCAAGAGGAUCAAACAGAGACGAAGUCUGUGCCUUCUCAUUCUGUUAAUCCCCCAGAUAUUUCUCAGCAAUUCACCAAGAAUCUGAAAAACAUUGCUGAUCUAAUGUCUGCUUCCCAAGCAUCAUCAAUGACUCCAACUUUUCCGCAGAUUCUUUCUUCCCAAUCAGUUCAAGUGAACACAGAUAGGAUGGAUGUAAAAGCUACAGUUUCAGAUUCUGGUGACCAGCUAACUGAAAAUGGUUCGAAGCCUGAAAGUGCAGCAGGUCCCCCUCAAUCAAAGAAUACAUGGGGGGAUGUUGAACAUCUAUUUGAUGGAUAUGAUGACCAGCAAAAAGCUGCCAUCCAGAGAGAGAGAGCAAGGAGGAUAGAAGAACAGAAGAAAAUGUUUUCUGCACGCAAGCUCUGCCUCGUCUUGGAUCUAGAUCACACACUCCUUAAUUCAGCCAAGUUUGUCGAAGUAGAUCCAGUGCAUGAUGAGAUCCUAAGAAAGAAGGAGGAACAGGAUCGGGAGAAGUCACAGAGGCAUCUCUUCCGUUUUCCUCAUAUGGGAAUGUGGACCAAAUUAAGGCCAGGGAUCUGGAAUUUCUUGGAGAAGGCUAGUAAGCUUUAUGAGCUGCAUCUUUACACAAUGGGGAACAAGUUAUAUGCUACAGAGAUGGCGAAAGUUCUUGAUCCAAAAGGGGUUUUAUUCGCUGGACGAGUGAUCUCUAAGGGUGAUGAUGGGGAUGUUUUAGAUGGUGAUGAGCGAGUCCCUAAGAGUAAGGAUUUGGAAGGGGUGUUGGGUAUGGAAUCAGCUGUGGUGAUCAUAGAUGAUUCUGUGAGAGUCUGGCCACAUAACAAAUUAAACUUGAUAGUUGUGGAAAGGUACACUUAUUUUCCAUGUAGUAGACGCCAAUUUGGGCUUCCUGGCCCGUCUCUUCUUGAGAUUGAUCACGAUGAGAGACCGGAAGAGGGGACUUUGGCAUCCUCUUUGGCGGUUAUUGAGAGGAUACAUCAGAGCUUUUUCUCUAAUCGAGCCUUGGAUGAGGUGGAUGUCCGAAACAUCCUAGCCUCAGAGCAGCGUAAAAUUCUUGCUGGUUGUCGUAUAGUCUUCAGCAGGGUGUUUCCUGUUGGGGAAGCCAACCCUCACCUACAUCCUUUGUGGCAGACAGCUGAAUCUUUUGGUGCCGUGUGCACCAACCAAAUAGACGAACAGGUUACUCAUGUAGUUGCCAAUUCUCUUGGAACAGAUAAGGUGAAUUGGGCUCUUUCCACUGGAAGAUUUGUGGUGCACCCUGGCUGGGUGGAAGCAUCGGCUUUGCUAUAUCGAAGGGCCAAUGAGCAAGAUUUUGCCAUUAAACCAUAAACCGUUAACAGUCAUAUUCCCCCCACCCCCACCCUCUUAAAACUGAAGACCUGGUAAAGCACAAAAUCAAAUAUUGACAUUGACCCAUGAGAAGAACCACCAGGUUACCCUUGUUUUAAGGGUCAGCGCCCUAUAUCUGAGACCCGCCUCCAUAACUUUGACCCUUCCAAACUACACAUCAUUGCUGGCAGUUCAAUCGUCAAUAGCUAGUUCUCUGAAGGAGUUCCAGAUGACUUGGUCCAGUCGAUCAUAUAACAGCGGUCCCGCCCCCCAAAAAGGUUUUUAAAAUCCUUUCAACCUUCAUGGGUUAUAGGGUUAUUAUGGGAACAGGGAUUUUGAGUGGCGAGGUAGUUUGCAGGGUUGACCCGUGCCAUUUGCGCUAAUCCACUCCAACAAGUCUUACAAAAACUGCCCCUUGACAAAUACACUUAAUUAAAAAUGCUACAGUUGUAUCAUCAUUUUGAAGGAUGAACAUAAAAUGAAUGUGUCACCUGACUCUCCAAAGCUUUACAACAACAGGUUAUAAAUUAAAUGUCCAAAUGAAAUUGUAUUGAAAAUUUUCCAUAUUUGAGAGUGGAACUGUAAAACGUUAUGAAGUCUGAAAAUGGUAUAACAAUCAUUAUAUUCCGAACCCAAGUAGAAAAGUAAUGGAAAGUCUGUAACUGCUGGAGGUUUGUUAUUUCUUCUGUAUUAUUUUCAUUUAAGUCGUUUUCAGUGGGUGGUCCUACGGCCCUUUAAAGGA